AUGGGGGAUCGAUAUGGGAUGGGAGCAUUGAUACGGGAGGGGGGCAUCGAUACGGGAGGGGGGCAUCGAUACGGGAUGGGGGGAUCAAUACGGGAGGGGGGCAUCGAUACUUGGCGGGGGGUAUCGAUAUGGGAUGGGGGCAUUGAUACGGGAUGGGGGGCAUCGAUACUGGGUGGGGGGCAUCGAUACUGGGUGGGGGGCAUCGAUACUGGGCGGGGGGUAUCGAUAUGGGAUGGGGGCAUCAAUACGGGAUGGGGGGCAUCGAUACUGGGCGGGGGGCACCGACAUUGUGGCGAGGGCAUUGUCACUCCCCCCCAACCCUCCCGCGCCCCCACAGUGGUGAAGAACUACUUCCAGCUGCGGGAAUUCUCCUUCACGCUGCGGGACGACGUGUACGUGCGGUUCCAGUCCUUCGGCAGCCCCCAGGAGCUGGAGCGGGAGCUGCAGAAGAUCAACCCCUACAAGAUCGACAUCGGGGCUGUCUACUCCCACCGGCCCAACCAGCACAACACGGUGCACUUGGGGGCCUUCCAGCCGCAGGAGAAGGAGCUGGUCUUCGACAUCGACAUGACGGACUAUGAUGAUGUCCGGACGUGCUGCAGCUCGGCCGAUAUCUGCUCCAAGUGCUGGACGCUGAUGACCAUCGCCGUCCGCGUCAUCGACCGCGCGCUCACGGAGGACCUGGGCAUGAGGCAUUGCCUGUGGGUGUACUCGGGCCGGAGGGGUGUCCACUGCUGGGUGUGUGAUGACGCGGUGAGGAAAUGGUCCCCAGCGCUGCGGGCGGCCACCGUGGAGUACCUGACCCUGGUGAAGGUGG